GAGCUACAAAGGCAGUGAGAGGUACCAACAAAGCUGAACACAUCUGAGCUUUGACAGCCUCUGCCUCUCUCCCCACUUCUCUCUCUCUCCUUCUGAAGCAAAGCAGAACCUCUUUGGAAGGAUGGUCCUGGAAUCCCUGAACCCAAUGCACUACAACAUCACCAGCCUGGUACCGGACACAAUGCCCGUGGCCACAGUGCCCAUACUCAUCCUCAUGUGCUUUCUCUUUCUAAUAUGGAAUCAUGAAGAGACUUCAUCAAUACCAGGGCCAGGAUACUGUAUGGGAAUCGGCCCCCUCAUUUCACACGGGAGAUUCCUCUGGAUGGGAGUAGGGAAUGCCUGCAACUACUACAACAAGACAUACGGAGAAUUUGUGAGAGUUUGGAUCAGCGGUGAAGAAACAUUUAUAAUUAGCAAAUCCUCAAGCGUGUUCCAUGUGAUGAAGCACUGGCACUACGUGUCUCGAUUUGGGAGCAAGCUUGGACUACAGUGCAUUGGCAUGUACGAGAACGGGAUCAUAUUUAACAACAACCCAGCACACUGGAAAGAAAUUCGGCCCUUUUUCACCAAAGCUCUGUCUGGUCCCGGGCUGGUGCGGAUGAUCGCGAUUUGUGUGGAGUCAACCAUUGAGCACCUGGACAAACUGCAGGAGGUCACCACGGAGCUCGGGAACAUCAACGCGCUGAACCUCAUGAGGCGGAUCAUGCUCGACACGUCCAACAAGCUGUUCCUCGGGGUCCCUCUGGAUGAAAAUGCCAUUGUGCUUAAAAUUCAAAACUACUUUGAUGCCUGGCAAGCACUUUUAUUAAAGCCUGAUAUAUUUUUUAAGAUUUCUUGGCUGUGCAAGAAAUACGAAGACGCAGUCAAGGAUCUUAAAGGAGCAAUGGAAAUCCUAAUAGAACAGAAACGACAAAAGCUUUCCACUGUGGAGAAGUUGGAUGAACACAUGGAUUUUGCAUCCCAGCUGAUUUUUGCACAGAACAGAGGGGAUCUGACUGCUGAGAAUGUGAACCAGUGUGUGCUGGAGAUGAUGAUUGCUGCUCCUGACACUCUGUCUGUGACUCUCUUCUUUAUGCUAAUCCUGAUUGCAGAGCACCCCACAGUGGAAGAGGAGAUGAUGAGAGAAAUUGAAACCGUUGUGGGCGACAGAGACAUACAGAGUGAUGACAUGCCACACCUGAAAACUGUGGAGAAUUUUAUCUAUGAGAGCAUGAGAUACCAGCCAGUUGUGGAUUUGAUCAUGCGGAAAGCGUUACAGGACGAUGUCAUUGACGGCUACCCUGUGAAAAAGGGCACCAACAUUAUCCUCAAUAUCGGACGGAUGCACAAACUCGAAUUCUUCCCAAAGCCAAAUGAGUUUUCUCUUGAAAAUUUUGAGAAAAAUGUUCCUUCACGCUAUUUCCAGCCGUUUGGAUUCGGCCCCCGGAGCUGUGUGGGGAAGUUUAUUGCCAUGGUAAUGAUGAAGGCAAUCCUAGUGACUCUUCUGAGGCGGUGCAGAGUACAGACAAUGAAAGGAAGAGGCCUGAACAACAUCCAGAAAAACAAUGACUUAUCCAUGCACCCCAUAGAAAGGCAGCCUCUGCUGGAGAUGGUUUUUACACCCAGAAGAAAUGCAAAUGAGAAUCAGGGUGAUGGAAUGGAUCAGCACUAAAGUUACAGGGUUUUCACAACCACUAAGAAAUAGUCAUCAUUCCUGGUUAAAUAUGGAAAGUAAAACGUUUUGUUGCCCCUAAAUGACUUCUGGUGACAACUUGUUCUGCCUGUACACAGAGUAACAGGCAGUAAUUAGAAAGACUAAAAGAACAGAACAGUUUUGUUGUAGAUGAUUCUAUGCCAUACAAUUCCUGAUUAUUUUAAAACCACAGAGUUCAGAUAAAAUGAUGCCUUCCCUUCCAAACACUGCCAGUUCAGAGGUUUGAGGGUCAAUAAAUUAAUAUACCUGGUUUAAUCCCAGGACUACACGAGUCCUUUUUCCCCCACCUCCCUGAAGCUGGACCUAGCAGUAUUUGACUACAGCAAAAGCUCUAAUUAUCUGUUUUCAAAACAUCUGAUUGAAUAAUAUUAGUUUAUUUCAAGACUAAGAAACAAUUUAAAAUAUUUAAGACAUCUAUAAGUUGUAAAGAAAUGUUAGAACAAGAAGUCAUUCAAACAUUUUCCUUUACCAUAUUUUGCUGACCUAUUAAACAAAUACCAAAGAUUUCCAGCGUCACAUAGAUUUUACCAACAGCAGUAAUUUUCAGAGUACUAGGUAAUAAUGGCAGUUGAGAUAACUGUUCUGUGUUUUUAAAACCCAGUCUCCUGCUGCAGAAGAUCUGUAAGCAUCUUAAUAAAGGCUGGGUGAGAAUGAGGUAAAGAACACCAGACAUCACCACCAGCGUUACAUGGGCAGGGUAACGUCCAGCCCCACCUCCUCACCUGAUUGACUGUAGAAAUUUCCCACCUCACCUCGAGUGAAGAAGGUCUAAUUCCCUUUAAGUUGCCUAAGAUGUGCCAAACCCUUUUUUGACCUGAUUUUAGUUGCUCAAUUCUACUUUAGAGAGUAAGAUACGGAGUUGUCGCCCAUGUUCCCACAUCACAGCAGGAGAGUAAUGACCCAAAAACUCCUGGUGCUUCUCCUGUAAGAGCUCUGACCAGUGUCCUGCUCUCCAGCAUCUUGCUCCAUGCCCACUGAUUUAGAGAGGUUCUGGAGCUUUAGAAGAUAAACACUCCCACCAGAGACAAAUUUCGCUGGGUAAAUGCCCACAGCUUGUAGUGACAAAGGAGAAAUGUUCUGAAGUAGCAAGCAGAUUUCUAGAGGACGUUUUUCGAGAUGUUUUGCAUACACAGGUUUUUAUUUUAACUAUAAACCAGGCUAGGGUUUAUACUUAAUCCUUAACAGGAAAGGUUCAGUAAUUGUAAUUUUUUCUGUUCAGAAGUGACCCAUCUUGAGCUCUGUACAAUCUGGACAUUGAUAUGUCUACUGGCCUAAUGAGGAGUUGCUAGCUUGGUCAAGAAGAAAACAAUCCUCUUGGCUAAGUGACAACAUUCCUUGACAGAGACUUUCCAUUUUCAUUAAGCUUGAGUUUUCAUACUGUGUAACACAAAGAAAUGGGUUUUCCAGAUAAAGUGCCUUGAGUUGAUAAAGACAACCAACCAAUGAACAAUAGGCUUUAUAUGAACCUUUUCCUUCCAACUCAUUUAAAUGAUAAUAGAAGGCAAGAAAAAA